UCUUGAUCAAUUUUGAGCUUCAUUCUCAGUGCUCUCAAGUUAGGAAAAAAAAAUGGUGAAGUUGGCUUUUGGCAGCUUUGGUGACUCUUUCAGUGUUGUGUCACUCAAAUCUUAUCUUUCUGAGUUCAUUGCCACCCUUCUUUUUGUGUUCGCCGGCGUCGGAUCAGCGAUCGCCUACGGUAAGCUGACAUCAGAUGCAGCCCUGGACCCAGCUGGACUAGUAGCAGUGGCUCUGGCCCAUGCAUUUGCACUGUUUGUUGGGGUCUCCAUGGCAGCCAACAUCUCAGGUGGCCAUCUCAACCCAGCUGUCACCUUCGGAUUGGCCAUUGGAGGCAACAUCACCAUCCUAACUGGCAUCUUCUAUUGGAUCGCCCAAUUACUUGGCUCCAUUGUCGCUUGCCUCCUCCUCAAAUUUGUUACUAAUGGCUUGAGCGUUCCUACCCAUGGAGUUGCAUCAGGAAUGAAUGCUUUAGAAGGCGUGGUGAUGGAAAUAGUCAUAACCUUUGCCUUGGUCUACACGGUCUAUGCCACGGCUGCAGACCCCAAGAAGGGCUCGCUCGGAAUAAUCGCACCCAUAGCCAUUGGGUUCAUUGUUGGCGCGAACAUUUUAGCCGCGGGUCCAUUCAGCGGUGGUUCCAUGAACCCGGCUCGCUCAUUUGGGCCGGCGGUGGUUAGCGGAAACUUUUCGGAGAAUUGGAUCUACUGGGUUGGCCCACUCAUCGGUGGAGGGUUGGCCGGUUUGAUUUAUGGUGACGUUUUUAUUGGGUCAUAUGCUCAACUUCCAGCAUCCGAAGACUAUGCUUAAGAGUUUCUUGUGCCAGCUUGCUGUGUUGUUAAUUGUUAUGGUUUAUUAUUGCUUUUGGAGUUGAGCUUGCACUUUGCAUUUGCAAUUUGUGAAUAAAAAAAAUUGUAGAUUAUGAAUUUGAUUGUGUACCUUCCUUCUUCAUCAUAAAUCAAAACCAAAA